UGGCCAAAAUGUGCGUGUAUUCCACAUGGAUGUGAAUGCCCUCUUAUAGCUGACUGUCUCCACUCAUUUGGAUGAAUGCCAGAAAGGUGCCCAGGUAGUCAGUACUUACAACAGAGAAGCAAUGUUGCAGCUUCCUGACCACUCACCAGAUGUUAACCGGGAGAAGUAGUGUGUGUUUUGGGACCUGUUUGGUGUGUGUCUAUGGUUGGGACACUGUCACCUUGUCGAUGCCUCUCCCUGGGGCUCGAACACCCGAGCUGGCUGCUUUCCCCCUUUAAAAGCUAUUGCCCCAUGACGUCAGGGACAGGAAGAGGCUCCGAGCCGGCAGUAAGAGUGUGUGUGAGUGCCGGAGGGACUGCGACCCUGCCGGAGUGUGAGUGCCGGAGGGACUGCGACCCUGCCGGAGUGUGAGUGCCGGAGGGACUGCGACCCUGCCGGAGUGUGAGUGCCGGAGGGACUGCGACUCUGCCGGAGUGUGGGUGCCGGAGUGACAACGACCCUACCGGUGUGUGCCGGAGGGACUGCGACCCUGCCGGAGUGUGGGUGCCGGAGUGACAACGACCCUACCGGUGUGUGCCGGAGGGACAGCGACCCUGCCGGAGUGUGAGUGCCGGAGGGACUGCGACCCUACCGGUGUGUGCCGGAGGGACAGCGACCCUGCCGGAGUGUGAGUGCCGGAGGGACUGCGACCCUGCCGGAGUGUGGGUGCCGGAGUGACAACGACCCUACCGGUGUGUGCCGGAGGGACAGCGACCCUGCCGGAGUGUGAGUGCCGGAGGGACUGCGACCCUACCGGUGUGUGCCGGAGGGACAGCGACCCUGCCGGAGUGUGAGUGCCGGAGGGACUGCGACCCUGCCGGAGUGUGAGUGCCGGAGGGACAGCGGCGGGGCCAGCUCCCCACCGAGAGGAAGUCAGGAGCAGCGGAGUCUGGGUGAGCUCUGCGCAAGAAUCUGCAGCAGCUCGGAUCUUCAUUUAGACAUCAGGAGUUAGCGGUGCAGAGUAAUCUAUCGUCAGGACAGACACUGUGUGACCUUCCUGGAUGCAAUAUUCUCUUUCCUAGAUACUGCAAUUUCCGACAGGAUGAGCGCUGCUCUGAUCCCGGAACAGCCAGCGGUCAGUUUUGGCUCCCUAUCUGUACCAGAAACAGAGGAUGCUGCAGACGACGGGUUCAGCAUGCAAAUCGUCACAUGGAAUGUUGGCACUGCUGUUCCACCUGAUGAUGUUUCUUCACUUUUGGGCCUGAAUUCCGUUGAUGCAAGAAUUGACAUGUACGUCAUUGGUUUGCAGGAAGUGAAUUCAAUGAUAAAUAAAAGACUGAAGGACGCCAUCUUCACUGACCAGUGGAGUGAGCUCUUCAUGGACACACUUAGUCCCUUUGGUUAUGUGCUGGUAACCUCGGAGAGGAUGCAGGGUCAGCUACUCCUAGUGUUUGCUAAGUACUAUCUCCUCCCUAAUCUCCAGGACAUCCAAACCGACUGCACCAGAACUGGCCUGGGUGGAUAUUGGGGUAACAAGGGAGCAGUCAGCGCCAGGUUGUCUCUGUGCGGUCACAUGAUUUGUUUCCUCAACUGCCAUUUGCCAGCUCACAUGGAGAACUCCGAACAGAGAAUGGAUAACUUUGCGAGCAUCCUCCAGCUACAGCAGUUCAAUGGCCCCGCUGCCAAUGGAGUCCUCGACCACGAUAUUGUGUUCUGGUUUGGUGAUCUGAAUUUUCGAAUCGAACAAUACGAUAUCCGUUUUGUGAAAAGUGCCAUUGAGAAGAACAAACUGGGCAUUCUGUGGGAGAAGGACCAGUUGAACAUUGCAAAGGCAGUUGAGCCAGCAUUGAAUGGAUUUCAGGAAGGGCCUCUCAAUUUCAGGCCAACGUACAAAUAUGAUGUGGGCACUAACACAUUUGACACGAGUUCGAAGAAACGCAAGCCUGCCUGGACAGAUCGGAUUCUCUGGAGGGUGAAAAUGUCUGACUGCUAUGAUCUAUCACCAAAUCUCAGGCGGAGCAAAUUCCCAGAUGGCAAAUCCAGCCACAUUCAAGUGCUCCAGCAUGUUUACCGUAGUCACAUGGAGUAUCUCAUCAGCGACCACAAACCUGUCACCGCCAUCUUUUCCCUGAAGUUUUCCCAUAAAAUGCAGACCCCAUUGGUUCAGCUCCAGGUGGAGGACGAAUGGAGCAAACCUUCAGAUGCUGUUGUUAGAUACAGGAUGGCAAGCUCCUUCGCCAAGAGCUCGUGGGACUGGCUUGGUUUGUACCGGGUUGGCUUUAAACAUCACAAGGACUAUGUAACAUAUAUCUGGGCAAAGCAUGAUGAAACUGAUGCCACGAAGCAAUGCUAUCAGGUCAUGUUCAGUGAGGAAUCCGUGCCAAAGGGCACUGGGGAGUACAUCCUGUGCUACUACAGCAACAAUUUCAACACCAUUGUGGGAGUGACUGAGCCCUUCCAGAUUAUUCUGCCCUCCUCAAGUUCUGACACCAGCAAAUCUGACAGCUCUGAUUCCAGCUCAGAUGGGGAGGAGAUGAGCACCCUGAAGCUGAUUCGCCCCAAAUCCCGCAGCCCCAGCCCAGGCAAAAUGAAGAAGAGGAGCAGCCGGAGCCGCAGUCGGAGUAAGAGCCCGGUUGCUCCAAUAACACGGUCCCUGCAGGGCCUCAAUCUCAGGGUAGGCUCCAAGCACAAAAGCAAAAGCCGUAGUCCGUCACCCAGGGGGGCUCAGGUGUGCACCUCUGGGCAAUCCAAAUUGCCAAGGGGCAAACCCACUUCAGGAAACAGCCAGAACUCAGCUAGCAACCCGCGGGACAGACUUCCACCUUCAGCUCCGGCGACUUUCAAAGAUACAGCUUCUCGGGAGAAAAAUCAGGCUGUUCCUGGCACAGGAGCUGCCCUGAUGGGGAGACCUAGCAGUUUGGCUCAGGAAGUCCCUGUGCAAAAAAGGGACAGUGCUCAACACCCACAUCUGUCUCCGACGCUCUCCCAGUCUCGUGGUGAGGAUGGAGCCAUCAGUUUGAAGUUAAAUAAAGCAAAUCAACUCUCCAUUGGCAAGUCUUCUCAAAGUGUCCAAGUCCCAGUAUCAGAGUCACGGCCACCGAUAUGGCAGUAGGAAGUAGGGAAUGGAGCAGCAUUUUCAGUGAGAAGGACUGCCCACUGGAGAAGGCAAAGUAACAAAGAAUCAAAGGUCUCGUGUUGACGCAAGGAGUCAACAAAGCACAGAGAGACUGGAGAGACUGUAAUAGUUAACGUAGUUGGAAGUAUGCGUGAGACAGUCAGCCUGCAUGGGCUGUCCUAACUUUUAAUUUGAUAUGCGAGACUCCAAGAGGCUGGAUGACUCUUAGAGCCUCUGGAAUUGAUGAGUGGAUGCAAUCAUGAUGUAAUUAUUUAAUUAGUCACCUAAUUUACAUUCUAAAUAAUGCCAUUACCAUCCCACUGUGUGAUUGAAAUUCAGAGUACGCACCGUCCAGCAAACCUACUCCUAAUCUUCAUUACUUUCCCUUCUGUUGCCUAUCCAUAUUCCUCUCUUCCAGUGUCUCUCCUUCGUACUCUUUCCUUUCUGUGUGAAUGACCCUGUUUGUGACUGUUCUCAUUUCACUCGCUGCCUUCUCACAUCUGUGUCUCUUUUUAAAUGUCACUUUCUUGGUAUUUGCUUCAUUGUUCUGAUACAGGGUGAUUUUGAACUUCUGUGCCAUCAUGAGGAAAUCACACUCUUGAGCUGCAUGUGUGGAGAAUAGGAAUGCAACAUUGUGUCCUUUAAUCUCCAUUCCCUCCCAGCCUGGCUCUUUGCUGGGAGCAUGAGAUUAAAGAAUCACUUCAAAACUAUAUUUCUCAAAUGUUUAUCGAUACUCUGUCACUGUCACUGUUUCCUGAAAUUUACUGUUACAGUGUGUGCCAGUUUAUUCAUCCAUGAACACAGCAUGUGUGGAUCCAUACAUCACACUUUGCUGCAGGAAAUAGAUCUUGAGUAUUUGACUGUCAAUGUGCUGCCAGUUCACCACUUGCUGAAAGGGAAGCAUGUGAGGAGCAAAUCUUCUGCAAAAUAGGUUGGUUUUUGGCUGCCAAGCAGCACUUGGGAAAUUACCAGGGAGGUUUCAUACAGAGUGCAUCCCGAGCCCUUACUUCCCAGCAAUGCUGAAGGAGAGCUAACAGCAUUGUUGGCCUGUAUUGGCGGGUAACCAGCUUUUCUUCUCAAGUUCUCAAAGAUUCACUGCACUAUCCACUUGGCAUUGGUGACUUAGUGUCGUACCAGUCUGUCGGUAUGGGGUCUAGGUCUGAGUCACUCCCUUCCAGGAAGAUUGUGGUUCCUUGCCUUCGCCCUAAACACCCCCAGCAAUUGAUAAUGUAAAUUCAUUCUAUACAGAUGUAGAAGUAUAGAACUGUGAACGCAUGAACAUUAGACUUGGCUAAAUGUGAAAAAAAUGUUUAAACUAAAUUAUGCUUUUGAAUGUAUAUAAUUACAUAAGCUUCUUGUAUAAAAUAUUUUAAUUUACUUACCUUCUACCUCCAACUCCGACCAAUUCUCCCCUUGCCGAAAUGCACUGCAUUUAACUGAUGCACAGUUCUGUGCGCAUUGAAUGUUCUUUAGUGCCCAGUUCUGCUGGCUGUGGCUCAUCUAUAAGGUUACUCAGUAUUGGUGAAAAUAAUAAUCAUGAAGUCAUAUGGUGAAUACUUCAGUAAAAUCAUGGGCCCUUCAGUGUAGGCAAGAACUCCAAUAAAACUAGGAACUCUUCAGUAUGGACAAGGAUUCUUCAUUUAAAAUGUGAAUUUCCAGUAGAAAUUAGGACAUUUAAGUAUGGCUUCAGAAACGGGAUGGACCAUUUAACAUAGAUGAGAACUCCUUAAUAUUAGCUCGGAAUUCUGAAGUGUAAGACCAUUUCUUGCAUGUUGAGGCAGUAGCAUAAUGGUGCUGUUACCAUAAGACAUUUAGAAAUAGCAACAAGACUUAGAUCAUUUGGCCCCUUGGGCCUGCUACACCAUUCAGUAAAAUCCUGGCUGAUCUGACACUCCUCACGUCCACUUUCCUGCAUUUUCCCCAUAACUUUUGAUUCUCCUCCUGAUCAAGAAUCCAUCUAUCUUACCUAUAAAUGUACUUGACCAAUAAUCCAAAGGUCUGACUAAUCUAAUGAUAUGAGUUCAAAUGCUACACAGCAGCUAGGAAUUUUGCAUUUUUGAAAAAGAAACAUAGUUUCUGGAAUGGUGACUACAAAAGAAUUGGAUUGCUGUUUUAAAAAAUGACUCAUUAUUGUUCUGCAGGGAAAGAAAGCUGCUCUCCUAACCUGUUUGUCUUAAUUUAAUUGUAAUCUGAAAUAGCCUAGCAAGCCUCUAAAUAUCGUCAAAAAUAUUAUAAAUUCACCACAUGACUGCAGCAGUUAAGAAAAGUUGUUUGUCACAACCUUCUGAACAGCAAACAAAUGCCGGUGACAUGCACAUCCUGUAAAAACACUUCUAAAAAUCUUCAGUAUGGUCAAAGGAUUCUCAUUAGAGACAAACGUACUUCCAAAGAGAUGAAGAGCUUUCAGUAUAGGCAAGCACUUUUUCUAUAAAAGCCACAACUCUUCAGUGUAUUUGUGGACUUUUCAGUAUGAACAAAGAUUCUUAUGUACAUACAUGCAUUGUGUAAUAAGACUGUGAUUCUUCCAUUUAAAAUAUGGACCCUUUAGUAUAGAACAUAACUCUUUGGUGGAGAUGUAGAUGUGCACUGUUCGGUAAAUACGUGAACUCUUGCAUAGCUGAAGAAUCUCCAUUAAACAGGUAGACUCCAGUACAGAUAAAAUGUUUUGUAGAGGCAAGGCCUCUUCAUUAUAAGACAAGAACUCUUCAAUAUGGAACAUGACUCUUCAGUGGGAGAUACUCAUUCUUCUUUGUAGACAAGGACUAAUCAAUAUAAGAACAUUUUAAUUUAGACCAGGAAUCUUCAGUAAAAGUGUGGAUUCCUCAAAACAGACCAAAAGUUUCUUUUUAAAUAUAGGACUCUGCAGUAUAAGGACUCUUCAGUGUAAGGACUCUUCAUUGUAAAUGAGACUCUUCAAUAUUAGAUGAGAUUGUGCAGUGUACAUUUGGAUUCAACUAUAAACAUAUCACAUUUCAAUAUAAACACUACGUGGGGCUUGGGAAUAGCAGAGUCACAAAACUGUGGCUCACAAUGGGAAAAGUAGGAAAGAAAAGCACUGAGAGAUCAGAGGUGAAAUAAAAGAGUAUUGUUGAAUUUGCACAGUUGCUGAUCUCUAUCCUCACUAAAUGUAAUAUUCCAGCAGUCAUUUCACAAUUUACAAAACCACUCAGUUUGUGGAAAUUGUUAUUAAGUUCUAUGUAUUGCACCUGUAGGGUCAAAUGUUACAACCAGAAAUGUUUCAAUAGGAUUUCAAGUUAGGAUAGAAUUUUCUUCCACCAUAACUUGGGGGCAUGAUAACAAUACAGCUAAAGGCUUCUUCACUUCCUUUUCGUAAAUCUUUGUCGUGCACUGAAAUAUUCUGCAGGCUAAAUAUGAGACAAUCUUUCAGCAUUUACUGUGUUCAUCUUUGGGGCAGGAUUCUCAAUGAAAACAAGCACAACUUGAAGUGGAGGCAUUAGCUGGCUGCAAUUGAUGUACGUGUGUGUAUGUGUGCGAAUGUUUAAUGUGUGUGAGAUUCCUGUCUUCCAUAGUUGUAAAACAUGACAUGCUUUGUAGAUGGACAAAAACUUUCACUGCGGUUAAACAAUAAUGUACAAU